AUGGACAGUAGUCCGAUUCUACCUUUUGGUGACUUUGAGAGACAUUCCGAAGUCCAGUCGGCUUGCUGUCUUUAUCAGGUGUGUUCAGAUGCCGCACAGCUCUACCACACGAACACUUCCGUCUUUGUUGGCGAGCAUCGGAACGAAGGUCUGAGCGACCACGCCAAAACCCUCUACAACGAUACAUUCACUCAGGCAAUCUGGAUAGAAACUGACAACAAGAACGCCACUGACAUCGGUUGGCAGCCAUAUUUUGUAGUGUCUCCAACCAGGCACAGUGAGGAUCACGCGGUCCCCAUCCUGGAAGGCGAGUAUCACCGACAGCACCCAAGCAUUUCAUGA